GGUGAAGACAUCCUUGAAUAGCAAGUAAUAAUAGAGCCUGUGCUCAGUUCUAGCUUGUAGAUCGGCACGAGAAUCGCCCAAUCCAACUUGAUCUGGACUGAUGUUGUGUCCAAUAACAUGGAGUCUUAAUUCAUAGCAUCUAAUGAUCACAGAAUUCCAGAAAGAAUGACAGAGCCUUGCUACGCAUUCUGUUCGUGGGACCACGAUGGCUGUACAGCAGGCUUGUCUGAAGAUGGCCAAUGUCAAGGGUCUUGUGGCAAUUCUUCAGGGCAUCAAGUCUUCCCACAAAGCACAGCUGUGUACUAUGUCCAUCAACAGUGAUGGCAUCGCCAUCCGCUGGGAGGACGCCUCGAAGAGCCUGCAAUCGUCUGUGUGGCUCUCCUCUGAGCUCUUCUCGCAUUACGAUUGCCCCUGGGCCAGAAAGCCUCUGGGUCUGCACUUUGCGCGAUUUGUGGACACUCUCAAUGUCUUCGCGCUGGGCUCGGGAGCAGAGCUUGUGCUCAGAUUCCCUGGGCCGAAUGAGGAGCUCAUCUGCGAGAUGACAGAGGAUGGCAGCAUGGCGCAGCUCUGCACCUAUGCGCGCAUAGACAGCGUGGAGGUGCCCUUCACUGGAGACUUGAUGGACUCCUGGGAGGAUCCAGCGUCUUUCUUUCUCAUGAAUGGAGACGAUUGAGGAUCUGGAGUGGCCCUCGGGGGGUCUGACAGUGGAG